AUGUCUGCACCGUAUAGCAAGCUCCCGCCGGCCGCGAGUAUCUCGCCGGCCCCGUUUACUGUCUCUAUCCCCCAGCAGCAGCUGGAAGAAAUGCAGGAUCUCGUCAGGCUAUCCAAGAUCGCCCCGCUAACAUAUGAGAAUGUCCAACCGGAUGGCCGUUUCGGCGUCACGUCCGACUGGUUGACAACCAUGAAGCAGAAGUGGUUGCGUGACUUUGACUGGAGAGCAUUGGAGACUCGCGUAAACACCUUUCCUCAAUUCACCGCGGAGAUCGAAGACAUCAAGCUGCAUUUUCUCGCCCUGUUCUCCGAGAAGCCGGAUGCGGUUCCCGUACUUCUGCUUCACGGUUGGCCCGGCAGCUUUCUUGAGUUCCUUCCGAUGCUGGAUUUGUUUCGGGAGCAGUUUACUCCCAGCACUCUGCCCUAUCACUUCAUUGUCCCCUCGCUCCCGGGAUACGCCUUCUCCUCGGGCCCUCCCCUCGACAGAGACUAUAACACUGAGGAUGCAGCUCGUGUCUUGGAUCGGCUUAUGAAAGACCUAGGCUUUGGGAGUGGCUAUAUUGCGCAGGGUGGCGAUAUCGGAAGUAGAGUAUCCCGAAUACUCGCAGUGGACUAUGAUAGCUGCAAAGCUAUUCAUCUGAAUUUCAAUGCCGUCCCAGCUCCACCCCCAGGAAGUUCGGAAGAUAGCCUCAGUGACCACGAAAAGCAGGGCCUGAAACGCAGAGAGGAAUUCUUGACCGUCGGUAGGGCAUAUGCGGACGAACACGCCACAAGACCAAGCACCAUAGGCCAUGUCCUAUCUAGCAGUCCGAUAGCCUUGCUCGCAUGGUGUGGCGAGAAAUUCCUCCAAUGGGUCGACGAGCCACUUCCGUCCCAGACCAUCCUGGAGUCUGUAUCGCUAUACUGGCUUACGGAGUCAAUUCCGCGAGCUAUUUACCCCUAUCGCGAGAACCUCGACGCGUUCCUCAACCCGGAGAAGUGGCGACAGCGCUGGUUCAUUCGCAAGCCGCUCGGUUUCUCGUCCUUCCCUAAAGAGAUCAUGCCUAUCCCGAAGUCCUGGUUGGAGGCGACCGGCACUGUGGUCUAUUUCAAGGAUCAUCGAAAGGGUGGUCAUUUUGCGGCAUUGGAGAAGCCCGCUGUGCUGAAGGAGGACCUGACCGAAUUCAUUUCACAGGUCUGGUCGAAAUGA